AUGGUGACGGACCAACAAAACAGGCAUCCGAUACUAUCUAAGCAAGCAGCCUACGUGCACAAGCAACGGCAAAGAAAGCAACCGAGAUCAGCUGUCGCGUGUCUUUCUUGUAGGAAACGUCAUAUUAAGUGUCCCGGCGGUAAUCCAUGCCAGAAAUGCAUUACGAGCAGCGCCAUAUGCGAAUAUUUGGAGCCGUCAAAGAAGAUCGUCGUGUCGACAAAGUAUCUGCAACAACUGCAGAACGACCUGAACGAUAAGACUAGAGAGAAUAAUCGCCUAAAGGAUUUGCUUUUGGAAAAAACGAUCAGUGGCAAUGGCGAUAGCCACAGCCACAGCCAAAGCGCUGAUGAGCGCCCGAAUGAACCGCCAAUAAGCGACUCGUUAGAAGUAUCUAGCGCUCCGCCUGCCCCUAUAUUCGACCUCAUGUCCAAUAGCAACACUACGUCGGAUAAUGACGAUGACGGAAAUCGCAACGGCAACGAUAACGGCAAUAAUGCUGGAGGUAGCAACAAAGCGACUUUUUCUUUGUUCAGUAAUAGAAAUUACGAUCACAGUUUGGAAAAAUAUUACAACAAGUCCAUCAGUAUCCUUGCGCCUUCAACCAAUGCCAAUAGCGGCAAUAACGAUGGAGGCGGUGAUGACGAUGACGAUGACAAUGACGAUGAAGAAAUAUCGACGAAUUUCGCCCAAAGAAGCGGGAGACUCAUAGAAUCUCAUAACGGGUUCCAUUAUUUUGUUGGGUCUUCUUCGAUGACCUUAUUUGGACUGGAGAUUCAAUCUCUAGUCACAAAGUAUGUUUCCGUUAAAAAUUUCAAACCUUUACCAAUAAACGCUAAGAAUGAUAUUUUGAACUCCAAUUUGAACCCGACUAUAAAUUCUUUUAUUAAUUCGAAUAACUAUCUUUUUUCUUCCUUCAAUUUUCUAAAUCCUAUAUCGAAAAUUGUUAAUUUAAAUUCAAUCAAUGAUAAUCUGUCUCCAUUGAUGUUCAAAAUCGUUUUGAAGAAUGAUAAUGACGAUGAUAGCAGUCAGCAAGACGAAAUACAUUUUCAAUUACCCUCAUAUAAUUAUGCGAAACUAUUAAUAGACUGCUUCAUAAACUACAAUGAUGGCUGUUUUUACUUUUUCAACGAAGGCCUGGUUAAGUGUGGUAUCAACAAACUAUAUUUGGAAAAUAAAUGGCUAUACUACGAUAACGCCAAGAAAAUUUUUGACAAUGAAAAUGACCCAAUUUUACAAGCUAUUUGGUUUUGUAAAAUAUUACUAAUCUUAGCGGUAGGCGAGAUGUAUCUAGGCUCUAUCAAUAAUGAGAUGUUGAAAAACUACUCUAACCAGCCAAAAUUACCUGGUUCAAAAUUCUUUCAAAUGGGAUCCAAAAUUUUCAAUUGUCUGUUCUCUAGCGAAAGGUUAGAAAAUGUGACUAAAAAGGGCGGUAUUGAAGUCUUGCUACUAUACGCGUUUUUCUUACAAGUGGCAGAUUAUACUUUGGCCUCUUAUUUUUACUUUGGUCAAGCUUUGCGAAGUUGUUUAAUCUUAGGUUUACAUGUAGACUCACAAAGCGAUACUUUAUCUAGGUUCGAAAUUGAGCAUCAUAGAAGGCUUUGGUGGACCGUUUAUAUGUUCGAAAGAAUGCUCAGUUCCAAAGCUGGCUUACCAUUAAGUUUUACUGAUUAUACAAUCUCCACUGAAUUACCAGCAGAUAUUGAUGACGAAAGUACUCGGUCCAAGAAUAAUCAUUACGUUUUCAGAAAGGCUGAAUUGAUUUCGAACUGUGUUACAAUCGUUAAAAUUAAUGCUCAAAUUUUGAGUAAACUAUAUCAAAGGCAACCCGAAACCAACAUAAUGAUAACUUUAAAAGUCGUUAUCAAGCAAUUGUUACAGUGGAGAAAUAAUUUAUCUGAUUUUUUACAAGUCGAUUUUACUCAAAAGGAUGAAGAUUUCAGAAUAUCGAGAUUGUCAACAAACAUGUUCACAGAAUAUUUUCAAGGUAUCAACCUGGCUAUACGGCCUCUAUUAUUUCAUUUCGCAUCUAUUCAGUUAAAAAGAUUCAAGACAAGUAAUACUUUUAUCAACUUGCAAAAUUAUUCCACCACAGUCUCUUCUUUGUUAACUUGUUCCUUACAUGCUUCGGUUAAUACAGUUAGAUCUUUAUGGAGCCUAUUGCAAAAUAAUAUGCUUGCCAUGUUUGGCUAUAUGGACAGAGAAUAUCUUUUUACUUCUUCUUGCACUUUAUUAUUAUUCAAUACUGCCUUUGGUGUUCAUGAACAAACGCUAUAUCAUUUGGAUCAUUCUUUGGAAAUUUUUACUCAAAUGAGGAACCUAGGGAAUAUCCCAGCAGGGUUAAGAAGAGCGCAAUUACUUACCUUGAUGGCUAAUCUGGAUUUCCAUGGUAUAAUGAACGAUUUGAUUACCAAAUACAAUGACAUCUUGAAAUUCGAUUCCUUGAACUGUGAAAAUGAUAAUGGAGCAGAUAAUUACAACGAAGUCAAACCACAAAACGAAAAUGAAAACCACAACGAAAAAAACAAUAAGCCUAGCCAUGAUGAUAGUUCAAAUUUGAACUCUGAUAAAACAAAUUCAAGCACAAGCUUAAUCAAAACCGAAUCCAUGCCUAAUACGGCCAGCAUACUUCCAGAAAGUGCUACUAAAUCAGAUACAAAUGAUUAUAGUAACGGAAAUGGACACGAUAAUGAUACCAAUAUCAACAAUGCAGAACCUUCCACUUUCUUCGAUAUUAUAACUGCAACUUUGGAAAAUUCAUACCAAACCACUUUGACUAAAAAAGAAUCUCAAGUAAUGGAAAAAAACAUGGAUCAAUUAGAUUCUGUCCACAACUUAAAUGAUGACGACUUACAACAGUUGUUAGAAGAUUUGGGGAAUAUCGAUCAUUCCGAUGAAAAACUUUGGAAAGAAAUCACCGAUCAAGCAAUGUGGCUAGGUAAUACCAUGGAUCCAACCGCAGCAGCAGGGAGUGAAAUUGACUUUACUGAUUAUUUAGGACCAUGA